UCUUUCUAGGGGGAACUUGGGGUGCGUUACCAUACUCUGGACGUCUUUAUAAUAUGGACAACCAUCAAAGGAAACUUGUGGGCGCAUGGUGUGCCGAUCCUAAUAGAGGCAAGGACUCGUGGUUCCAAGUGAACCUUAGGGGACGUAAAAGGAUCACUGGUGUCGUUACACAAGGUAAAUGGGGGAGGGUGGGGGAGGGUGAAGUGGAAACACUGUAAACUCUUGCUAGCUCGCUCCCAAUAACUUCGUCACUCCUCGCUUGACUUGGACCUAAUUUUUUAUGUCUUCUCCUGCAGGACGUGAUGUGUAUUUUGAACAUGUGAAAACAUACGAGAUUGAGUAUAGCGAUGAAUCGACUGGACAGUGGAAAACAUAUUCUGUCGAUGGAAAACCUGUGGUUUGUAUUCAAUAAAACAGUUUAUAUCUUAAGGCAAAGCUCCAAUUUGUAAUUAACUACUUCAUAUACUGGCGUUCGUGUCUCAACAGAUCACAGAUGGUUUUUCAUCUUAAAAGGGUCAAUUGAUGACUUUUACUGGAUCUCUGGGGAGAGCUAUUUAGAGUUUCUUGGUUAACCGAGUCAAAUGUCCGAGUCAAAUGUCCGAGUCACUGUUUAGUGGUCUUUGUAAUUCAAUGACUUAGUAGUUAGUACCCUAACCCCAUUCCUAACCCUAUUCGAUUGUGAAUUUUAUCAACGAUGUAAUUGGUUGAACUAUCCAUUGUAAAUAAACCUGUUUAAUUGUUAUUUACGUAGUUUACAUAAAAAAAACCCAAUUCAUCCUUAUUAUUUAGGUAUUCGACGGAAACUGUGACCACUUUACACCAGUCCUGAAUAUCUUCGCCAACCCGAUUAUCUCCCGAAUUAUCCGAAUACGUCCGAAGACUUUCCGAGGUGCCGCGUGCUUGAGAGUCGAAUUCUUUGGAUGUGAUGCCUGAGAAGUGUACGUCGGUGGGAUUGGGGAUGUGUAUUUGAUACGCAGUGUUACGUAGGAUUAGUUUAAUGGUGGGUUAGUUAGGUUAUAUUCAAAAUUGGGUGCUCAGUAUCGGCAGAUACAACUAAUUGAAUCAAGGUUGUCCUUUAAAAGCUGAAACUCAAAACCGCAAGAUUUGCGAUAUCUAUGCGCGAAAAGGACAAUAGGCACAAUUAUACAGUAGAAUGGGAGAGAAAUAAUAGUCACCUUUAUUGAUUUAUUGUCGGGCAACUUUGAAUUAGCUGCAAGGAAAUCAUUGAUAUCGAUACGAUACAAUUUAUACGUAGAAUUUAUCAUAUGCUAUCAUUCCUUACAUUAAAAUUUGCAAUGUUCAGUACCAGAGCCCAGAGGUACUUGUUAAUUCUUAGUAUUAUAUUACAGGUUUCCUAAAUAUAUCAGUAUGUAAUAAAAUAGCGAAGAGUGAGUUUUUCAAAGACUAUCAAAAUAGCACGAGUCCGAAAACCAAUCUGCAAUCAGUUUUCGAACCAAGUGGAGAAUGGGCUUAC